AUGGAACCUGUGGCCAGCAAUAUCCAGGUCCUGCUGCAGGCGGCCGAGUUCCUAGAGCGCCGCGAGAGAGAAGCUGAGCAUGGCUACGCGUCCCUGUGCCCGCACCGCAGUCCGGGCCCAGUCAACAAGAGGAGGAAGAGAUCCCCCCAAGCUUCUGGCACGCUGGACAGUGGGCGGUCUGUGCACAACGAGCUGGAGAAGCGCAGGAGGGCCCAGUUGAAGAGGUGCCUGGAAGAGCUAAAACAGCAGAUGCCCCUCGGGGCUGACUGUGCCCGGUACACCACAUUGAGCCUUCUGCGCUGGGCCAGGAUGCAUAUCCAGAAGCUUGAGGAGCAGGAGCAGCAGGCGCGGCGGCUCAAGGAGAAGCUGCGCAGUAAGCAGCAGAGCCUGCAGCAGCAGCUGGAGCAGCUCCGGGGGCUGGCGGGGCCAGGUGAGAGGGAGCGGCCACGGGCAGACAGCCUGGACUCUUCAGGCCUCUCGUCGGAGCGUUCGGACUCAGACCAAGAGGAGGCAGAGGUGGACGUGGAGAGCCUGGUGUUCGGGGGCGAGGCUGAGCUGCUGCGGGUCUUCGGCGCAGGCCAGGAGCACAGCUACUCACACAGCAGAACCACCUGGCUAUGACCUUCACCGCCCCAAAGUGGGCCUCUACCCUCAGACUACUCUCCGCUCUGCCGGCAGGAGUCCUCCCCAAAGCCUCAGGGGCUGCUCGGAGUCACCUCCUGUUGCAAUGGACUAAAAGGACCCUUGUGUGGGAAUAGGUGCCUGCCCCCAACCUUGCCGCCGGCUGUGCCUCCUGGGGGAGGGGUGCCUGGGUUUCCCGAGCCCCACAGGGCAGGCAGCUUAGGCCUGGGCCACUCUUCCAGGCCUUUUUUUUUGUAGCACUUGGCUCUGCUGUCCCCAAGGGGGCAGGAAGCCUCUUGGGCCCUCACAUUCCUUCCUAGACAAGGCUCUCUGGCCUUUGUCCCAGAUACUGUACAGUAUUUUCAUUAAAAACCUCUUUACUAACU